AUGGAGACUGAUUAUGUCCAACCUGACACAAGGCACCCAGCAGAACAGGGCUCAGUGAAUGCAGGUAAUGACCAUUGGUCACCUGGCAAAUAUGGUGCGGUGGGGGGUUCUGAAGGACAACACAAUCAUUCAGUGGAUCCACCAGCCUCACAGGGAUCCAAAGGAAAUAACAGAAUUGAGAGUGAUUCAUUGUUGCAGAUGAUACCCAAUGGGCAGGACUGUGAACACUUUCUGAAGGUGGACACUCCAUUUAACAUGAAGGAUGAAAUACCAGAGGAUUCAUUUAUUAAAGAUGCAGACAGAGAUGAAAAAGCAGUUCUAUCUGACUGUAAAUUGUCCACAGUUGCCUGUGAAGGGAUAGGUGAUACAGGGACACCAUCCAAUCCUCAUGAGGCUUUGGGUGGAAGAGAUCCAGCAGGUGAGGCUGAUGUCUCCGAGGAAGCUUCUCUGAUGAAGAUGAUGAGCAAUAUGAAUUUAGAUGGACAGCAUUCACACAGUCAAACAGCAAAUGGGGUAACAUGCAAUGACAUAUUCACCACUGGGAACGAUAAAGAAAGGAAUGAGUAUUGUCUUAAAGUUGAUGAGAGUCAUGCUGGUAUACAUUCAGCUUCACAUGGAGACAACACUGCUGAAUCAACAACACACAGUGCCCAUGGUAUCCAGUCAGGUCAAGACAAGAUCGCCAUGGCGGUUUCUGUCAAUCGCUCCAACAAUGUGCAAGCAGUAGGAAACUUCAACUACAAUAAAAAUAUCUGCAAGAUGUCAACGAGGGAAGGUUACCAUAACAUUAGAACACAGAGCCUGAGGGAGAUUGCAAGUAAUGAGAAGCUGUUUGUCAAGACAGAGGCUUUUCAUGAAGUAUGGAAAGUGUCAAAGGAGGAUAACGUGGUAUUCAUUGUUGGACCUCCUAGGGCAGGCAAGACCAUGAUAGCAAAAGCAGUUCUUCUGAAAUUGCAAAAAGAGCAGAACUUUGAACCUCUGAUCCUGUUAAGUGUACAAGAAAUGAGGGAGGCAUUGAACAUAGAUGAGAAACAGGCAAUAUUCAUCAAAAACACUUUUGGAGUAUCAGACUUUGAUCAAGCGGAGCUAAAUUUGUUGCUAAAGUAUUUUGCCUCAGUUAGGGUUUGUGUUUCUGAUAACAAAAAGUUCAUCUUUACUUGCAACAACAGGAUUUUUACAAAAUGUCGGCCAUAUUUGAAACUUGAGGAAUUCUUUACUGAAAGUUCUGUUGUUGAUGUACAGCAAGUUGGUGGCUUGACCGUCAGUGACAAAAGGACCAUCUUGUAUAAACAUCUCAAGCAACGAGAUGUUAUCCUUCCAGAUGACUUAGUGGAUAAAAUUGUAAACUGUGCAAAUAAUUCCACACUUGCCUUCCCCAAAUGUUGUGAAAUAUUUACAAAGUCACCAUAUUUACAUGACCAAGGAAAAUCUGUUAAGUUCUUCCAGAAGCCAGUUCUAUACUAUAAGCUUUCAGCUCAAUUGUUGUGGCAAAAGGAUGAUAAGAGCUAUUUUAUAGUACUGUUGCUUGUGAUGGUUUUGGGAGAGCUACAAGAUUCUUUCCUCAAAGGUGUAUUAGAAGACAGUUUCAUUCUAAAGGAAGCAAAAGGUUCUUGACAUGUUGCCAUAUGAAGUGGCGUUGACUCAACUAGAAUCAGCCACCCAAGAUCUUCUGAAUGAAGGCCUGUACCUGAAAAGGUCUGAAAACAACAAUUCCUUCAUCUUCAUAGAUAGCUGUGUAUGCGAUGCUGUUGCUAUUGUAUUUGGGACUGAAUAUCCCAAACAACUUCUGCAGAUUUGUUCUGGGGAAUUUCUGUGUGAGAGAGUGCUUGUAAAUUCUCAAAGACAGAAAGAAAAUGAUGAGGGAUAUUUUCAAUUAGGAGUGAUCAUUUUGACUUCUUGUCUGAAAGAUUUGUGACUGAGAUACGCUCAGGUUUUCCAUAUCUGGUUACUCGUCAUAAAGCUUUAGGUGAUGGUUCAUUUAUCAAGAGUUUCGCAAAUUACUGUGAGACUAAAACAGAUAUCAACUCCAUCCUAAAAUCAAAAGACAAUCUUCAUCAAUUUCCGUUAUUAUUUUGGUCAUCAUGGAAUGAGAAAGAACACUUGUUUCGGUGGAUUUUCCAUGAACACAAGAAACGCAAGCUACCAAUAUCUAAAGAGGAUAU